UUAGUACGUAACAGUCGCUACUGCGAGUUGGUCGUGCUGUCGCAAUUUGACGCGCAAGUGGCCAGGCACAAAAACACGUUAAAAAUUCGUCAUCUCGUCUCACUCCUACGCGCGCGUAAAUAUACAAAAACAAAACAAACCAACCAACCAACCACUGGAGGCGAGGCGCCGUGGCAUGCAAAGUGGAAAUGCUUGGAAACAUUCUGGAAACAAUCAUGUAAAAUUGGCUUGAAAACUCAUGUCUGGCCAAUGGAGCACGUAGAAAGAACGGGAAGCAGGAAUAGGAACAGCAGCAGGAAUAGGAACGGGAACGGGAACAGGACAUCAAAGCGGCAUUAGAGGUUAACUUGGCUAGUAGCAACUGUAACAUCUUGAGCGCAUGGGCGUGGCCAAUUUGCUGACAGCAGCGCACAGCAUCGCUGCCAGUGCAACAUAAAAGUCAAUUAAUGUACAGCUGCAACAACAAUUACGGCGAGCGCCUGUGAAUCAGCGAGCGUGGCGACAAGCAGCAGAGGCCUGAAGAGUGCCUGAAGCCACUCCCCUCAGCCGCCCACGCCCGCGUACACACACACACACACACACAACACCGGAUAAGCAACGGAAGCGGCAGGCAACAAAAAUUUCUGCAAAUUACACGCAACGUGAGGCGGAGACUGAGGCUGCGGUUGAGGCAGGACUCGAGUGGGCGACUCGCAGUCCACGGGCGAGGCGAACGUCCGGUGGCGGCCGCAAAAUGACUUUCCUUAACAAGCUGAGCAAAAGCUUCCGCUGGCUGCGCUGCUCGACACUGUGCGCCAUUUUGUUUUAUAUGUUUUUCAUUGGCCUCAUAUUGCACAGCACCAGCCACAAGCUGCAGCAGCAACAGCAGCAGCAGCAGCAGCAGCAGCAGAGCCUGGCUGAGGCCAAGUCAAUGCUCAAUGAGCGCCCUAAUAGCCGCGAACAACAACAGCAACAACAGCAACAGCAACAGCAUCAGCAACCGCUGCAACAUCAACAGCAGCAGCAGGAAGAAGAAAAGCAAAAACUAGAGUCGCAGUCGCAGCUGGCGAAGAGCAAUUUAGUGUUGGGCAACGGCCAGACGAAGGAGGAGCAGCGACGCAAACUGCAGCCGAUAGCUGCUAAUAGAGCAGGAGGGACGAAAGGAAGGGAAGAUGGUGGCAUUGCAAGCAGCAAGACGUCGCAACCACAGCCCGAAACAGUUAUAUUAACGGACAGCAAUGUGAACGAGAAGCAAAUACUUGCAAAAGCUUUCAAGCGAGCGGAUCGUAAUCAUGAUGGUCGUCUGUCCAUUCAGGAGCUGGGACAGUACAUCAAUAAGCGGAUUGUCGAGCACAUAGACAUUGCCAUUAUGAACAAUGCCAGAGAGUUUCGACGCGUGGACAUUGCGCCGGCGGACGGGCUGAUCACCUGGGAGGAGUACCAUCGUUUCUUUCUGCGGGAGCAUGGCAUGACCGAGGCGGAUAUCGACGAGCACGACGAGAUCAGGCACACCACGCUGAACCGCAAGGCAAGGGAGGAUAUGAUGCGCGAUAAGGCGCGCUGGUCGGAGGCGGCACGCACAGAUCUCUUUACGCUGACUAUCGAUGAGUAUCUGAGCUUCAGGCAUCCGGAAUCGAGCGUGUCCAAUCUGCUGGAGCUGGUGGACGAUCUCUUGCGGCAGUUCGAUCAGGACGGCGAUGAUCAGCUAACGUUGGAAGAGUUCUCCGACCUGAAUGUCGAUGACGACGAAGAUCUGCUGCGCAAGUCUCUCAUAUCGAAAACCCUCGUGGAGCGCCGCGAGGAAUUCAAGCGCAUUAUCGACAGGAAUCACGAUGGCAAAGCCGAUCGUGGCGAGCUACUCAACUAUGUGAACCCAAAGACGCCACGCUAUGCCCUCCAGGAAGCGGCCACACUAUUCAGCCUUUGCGAUGAGAACAAGGACGAACUCUUAACACUUAAGGAGAUGACUGAUAACGCUGAGAUAUUUUUGCAAUCUAAGAUGAUCGAUACGGCUAACAGUUUCCACACUGAAUUUUAAUCACACUAUCGCACUCUUUCCAUCUUUUAUUCGAACCGUCUAGGCCCAGCUAACUAUCUCUGUCUAUUCGGAAAUGGGAGGAACUUUAUAAUCUUUGUGCAUUUAUAGUGAUAUUAAUUUGUAAGUUGUUGCACAUAAUGUUUAAUACAAAUAUAAUAAAUAGAUCGUAUAGUACACGCAUCGCUAUGCUUACACAAACA